CUGCAAGCGAUUUUUGUACCACUCCAACCAAACAACAUCACAACAGCUCGUGUGUGUGCGUGUUGGACCCCUCGUCUUGAGAGAGAUUGACAGAGAGCGAGAGCGGGAGCGCGCGAAAUUUUGACCCAUCGAGCGACCCCUCGGCUUUGCGGUGGUAUGCGAUGCGAUCGGUGUGACGGUGUGUGCUGCUACUACUGUUAAUCGCAACGAGUUGGGGAUGUAAUUUUACGGGAGAUUCUGGAAAAUAGCCCCACUCGCAAACUUGGGGAAGCUGACGCGUGAUAACUACGCAGAAAAAAAUUUACAUCAAAGAAGCGGGAACCGGGUUGAGAAGCAUUAGGAGGGCAUAGCUGUCAAUCUUUAAGCCGAUUUAGUGCACUUAUCCGGCAGUGUGUGUGUUUGUAUGUGCAGUUUACUUCAAUCACGUUGCAGUAUUUUGACUAGCGAAGCAUUUUUUGUUUUCAUUGCAUUAAAGUGCAACAAGGAAAAACACAACAGUUUUCAGUAAAAUCAGCUUGAAAGUUCCAAAUACAUUCAUGCUUCGGUAAAAUUUCCAAACAUUCCAAAUCGAACCUCUCCAAUCUCAUCGAUAAGUGUGAAAUAUAUAACAAUAUACACAGAUAUAAAUAUUUAUGGUUUUUGAGGCAGCAAGGAAAAAUUUGCAUAUUUGUUUUCGAAUCAUAAAUUUUAUGUGAUCGCGGCCCCAAGAGAGUGUAUGUGUGUGUGCUGGAGCAAACAGCAGAAAAUAAAAAAAAAAGAUCAAGAAAUUUAUCGUGCAUUACAAUAAAUAAAGUUUGAAGUGACCGUAAAUCGAAUGAAUGUUUGAAGAAGCAAAAAUGUAACUUGGAACCAGGAAAUUGUGAAAGAAUCAAAGCCAUCGCGUUCAAAUGAUCCCUGAUCAGUGUAGCAAAGCGAUUUAAGAUCACUCAUCACCAUCAACACAUCGUCAACAAACUUUGGAUUAAUCUCGACAACCCCAACCGAGCUUCGGUAUCUUUCACCAACCCAAAAACAUCAUUAGGCCAGCAUCGAUGGAACUCUUUCGUAAAAGUUAGUUGCAGCUGGUAACGAUGCAGCAUGCGAGCUUUUUGCACUGUCAGCGCACCCUUAGAGGUUUGCGCGCCACCGUCCCGCCCUCUACCUCCGGGUACCAGAUUUCUAGCCUUAAAAUUAUUAGGAACGCCCCAGCCACGCACCCUGUACUUCCUAGUCGAAGCAAAAAGUCGCGUUCGCGAAGUCUACGCCCAGACAUGUCUGCACUUUUCCAAGCAGGGCAUGCUGGACACCGAGCUGUUCGGGCUGGCCGUGCUCAUCGAUGGCGAGUACCUCUUUGCCGAUCCCGAGAGCAAACUGUCCAAGUACGGUCCGAAAAGCUGGCGCUCGUCGCACACACACGGCCUCGACGCAAACGGGAAACCUCUCCUGGAGCUACACUUCCGCGUGCAGUUCUACAUCGAGAGCCCGUUGAUGCUGCGAGAUGAGGUGUCCCGCCACAACUACUACCUGCAGCUCAAGUACAAUGCCGUCAACCGAGACCUGCCAAAGGAGUGCUCGGAACAGUCGCUGCUGCUGCUCGGUGGCCUCUCGCUCCAGGCCGACCUGGGUGACCUGCAGGAGGAAAAUGGAGUCGGCGGAAGUACGGCGGCAAGCACCAACGGCAGUACCACCAACAGUUGCAGCAGCAACAGCAGCACUCCGACGACCACCAGCAACGCAAACAAUACCAGCAGCAGUUCGACUGUCGCAGCCGUCGCCACCACCACCUCAACCGCCUCGACUUCCACUGCAGCAACCACCACCAGCAGUAGCACAAAUGGACCCGCCAACAGCACCGAAUACUUCAGGCCAGAGGAGUACAUCAACCCGAUGCUGCGGUCUGCGUGGGGCAUUUCGGCGCUCUCAUCUUGCCAUCGGGAAAACCGCGGAAUGUCCCGAGCGGACGCCGAAACGCACUACAUCCGUGAGGCGUGCAACCUGAACGAGGUCAUCAACGCGCACACAUUCCGAAUGAAGCAGUCCAAGAACGAGCCCGGGCUGGGAUCGGUUUCGCUCAGCAUCUAUGCCAAGGGAAUCCGUAUCGCGCUCGACAACAGUACGGCGACCACGUUCAACUGGCCAAGCAUCGGCAAGCUCAGCUUCGAUCGGAAGAAGUUCGAGAUCCGAUCGGGAGACAACAAGAUCAUCCUGUACUCCGUCAAUGACGACAAGAACAAAAUGAUAUUAGCCUUGUGCCGGGAGACGCACCAAUUUUCCAUGAAAAUUGCACCGCGACUCACCGAAGCAAUCAAGCGCGAAGAAGAGGAAAGCAGCUGCAUUCACGGGUAUCCGUACCUGUACUCUCGAGCGCUCAACCUUCCCUACAAAAGCAAAAGUGACCAACGAAUAUCGGUCAUCUCCAGUACCAGCUCAAAUACUACCUCCGGCAUCGUAAGCGAUCGCGUCCAUUCCGAAGAUGAGCUCGAAAUUAUGAUCAACACACCACCAACGGCAACGUUGGCAGCGCCAUCGACGGAAAGUCUCGCCCUGGCCCAUCUGCUCGACUGUCCCAGCGUAAGUCGACAAACCUCAUCGGUGGGACAAGUCUCGCUGAAAGAUCUGGAAGACACUCUAGCGGCUCUCUCGAUGCGAUCCAACACCACAACGCGAUCGGCAAGCAGCGACAGCACAGAGCCCAAGGAUCGUUCGGUAAAGGACUGUGAGUCGUCUCCUUCAUCACAGCACAACAUCGGUUCCCAGUGCUCGUCCACCUGUAGCACGGUGGUUGUAGCGACGGACUGCAUGAGCCUACCUCAAAACAAUGCCGGCAGUUCCAUCGAACGACGUCAAACAUCAACCUGCAGCAGCCUAGAGCUGGGUUACAGCCACACAGCGCAGAACAGCACACUGAGCGUCGCCACGAGCACAUGCCUGGACCAUGACAUCAACGAGGAGGAAGAGGAAACCAACUCGGGAGUUUACACCCUCGCUCAUGUACCGCCAACGGAAACCAGUGGAGUAUACACGAUGAACAGCAGCGAAAUGACCGGUCAAUCGUCGGAAAUUGCCGAAUCGGAAUCGCACGAAAGUUCGCACUACGGAAGCUUCCAACCGUGUCAGAGUGAAAUCGCGGAACCUCUUGAGCCAAUCGAUUCUGUGGAUGGUGAUUUCCGAACGCGAUUAAACAGCGACAUCAACGAGUUCAGAAUGCGUUCGGACUCGAAUGUGUCCGCAGCGGGAUCAUUCCGAGGCGAUGGCAGCGAUCCUACUGAUAACAAGCACACGCUUCUUAGCGCGGAAGAGCUAACCGAUCUGAUUGUAGGCCGAGGAACUUACCCGUCACGGAAAACAGUCAGUCACACGCUGGAUUCCGACUGUGACUACGUUACGCUGCCGUUGCCACUGGAAGGAGAGAGCUACCUGCAAGGCAGUGAAGACACGGCACCAACGGAAGACGAGUACGACGAUGAAGUUCUACCUCCAGCUCCGCCAAAACGGAUCGACAGUAACUUGCCACUCGCGCAGCGGCAAACGAUACUGAGUCUGGUAAGCGACGACGAUUCACCUCCUCCACCUCCACCGCCUUACAAUGCUCAUCACGAAACCACCGGAUUGCGCGGACCCGACAUACGUCCGGACGAGGCACCGGUAAUUCCACUGAGAGAUCCUCCGCCGUACCCCCAGAAACCAACCAGUAUGGUCCGAGAACGGCUCAUUCCACCGCCCGUUGUAGCGACAGUCGCACCACCAACCGUUCAAGCAUCCAUACCAGAGGAGGUGCCAGCACGCUUCAUCACCACCCGACCAGCGAUCAACAUCCUCAAGGCACACACCAGUGUGGUAGGAGAAACGGCCAAACCAAGCUUCGCAGCACCAACCAUCAACAACAUCAGCAAUCUCUCGCAGUCUCCCAUUCCGACGACCACUGUCACAACAACUCCGUCAACGCCCAGCGGAAUCGGUAUCCCGGUGGUUCCGUAUCAUAAAAGCAUUACCUCGCCUCCGCCACCGUAUCCGGAGAUUCCGAAGCCACCACAUCGAGCAUGUGUGAUUGUGCCGGUAAUCAAGCCACGUCAGUACCAUCCGCCUCCACCACCUUCGAUUCCACGACAACCUCCACCUCCACCACCGGCGCACACGCUAGCAACCGUGUACACUGGCCAACUGGCACGUUCCCAGAUUGAACUGUACCAACAGCAGCUGUACAGCGACGUAGACUACGUCAUCUACCCGAUCCAAGAUCCCUCCAUUAGUCAACAGGAGUAUCUUGACGCGAAGCAAGGCUCUAUCCUGGCAGCUAUGGCUCAAAGCCCACCACCGCCGCCGUACCUUGCGUAUCACACUGUUCGGGCCCACAACCGCAGCUGGGACGCGUGCAAGAACCAUGCAAUCUACCGAAGCACCCCUUACCUCUCGAUGGCACUGUCCUCAAAUUCGCGUUACGCCUCAACCCAAAAUCUCUCCGACACCUACGUGCAGCUGCCCGGCGCUUACUCUCCGCUGUACAGCCCAUCGAUAGCUAGCCUCUGCUCAUCGUAUGAACCUCCACCACCUCCACCGCUUCGACCCCGACCAGUGUCCAGCAGUUCGACGUCGAUGUUUGUCCGAUCCCGCUCCGACGACAACAUUCUGAACUCGGUCGAGAGUACGCCCAAAAUUCGCCGACUUCCGCCUCCUCCACCACCGCCAUACGAAACGAGAAAAGCCAUCCGGAAGCCACCCCUCCCGCUGCCCAACCCGGAGAAGCAAACUCCACCCGCCGCAAAGGCGACGGCGACUGGCGUUACGGUUGAAAGACCUCCCGAAGUACCCGCGAAACCUACCCCGACGAAACCGUCCGGACCGAGCGCAAAACUGCAGGCGCAAAUCCGAAAGCAGUACCCGGACUUUGACUUUAGCACGCUGAGCACAAACACCUCCAUCGACAUCAAAACACUGCGCGAGAAGAGCAAAAACCUCGACCUCCCGUUGAUUUCCGCGCUGAUGCACGAUCGGUCGCUGCUCAAGCAAACGCGUGCCUUCGUUAUGCCCAAACACCCUAAAAUGGGCACCGCUGCCAACGGCAGUCCGGCGGGUGUUGGUAACGCGCCCGCUCUCGCUUCCACAACCCCCUCCGCGCAGCAGAACAUCCUUGCCGGUGCCCCCAAGACCAAGUAUCCGGUGUCGGGUCUCAGCACCACCCAGCUCGUCAAGCCGCGCAAAACGUCCGUCGUGAGCCACCGGCAUCCGAACGACAAGCUGCCGCCGCUGCCCGGCCAGACGGCCACCGAGGGCAACAACUACGUGAUGGACCCGACGCCGGCCAAACAGAAGAGCUACAGCUCCUCGCAACCCAGUGCCUAACACACAUGUUGAAGGGAAGACGAGACGAGACGAAACGACGGAGUGCGCACACGUGGAACACGAUAGACUUUUACAUUCGGAAACCUUUUGUGUCAUGCUAACGCUAAGCUAACGCUAAGAUGUUUGCCGUCUUGAUUCGGGAGAGAAAAUUCAGUUACUUGCAUUUUUAUAAAAUGGACCCCUAUAAGUUUUGCUAUGUAUUUAGGAGACGCCACCGCUGAAUCUCGAGAAAACCGGAAGGAAGAUCUUGGAACGUAAACACAAUGUGACCCCACCGAAAAGCGCGCGACCCACUCCCUCUUUCGCGAAACAUUCAAAACUUUAUUUCCGCGUCAUGUCUUUUGAUUUUAAUUUUACUAAAGUUUGUACCACCCGUUCGUUCCAAGCAUUCUUGCGAUUUUCCACACGGGAAAAAAUGGUGUGCGUGUCGGAAACGAUAUCGAAUAACAGAAUAUUUUUUUUGAAAAUGGUAAUCAAAAGGCGCACGUGUUAGAAUUAUUAACUUUCUCUAGCGGAAAUUACUCAGGAUUUUUUGUCACUAAAAACUCUUUUUAGGCACACAACUCUAGUUCUGUUGUAUGAUAGAAAUAGUAACAUAAUAAAAAAAAACUCGUUAGAAAUGUAGUCCACCGCGUUCUGCACAUGAAACAAAAAGGCACAAUAUGAAUGGAAUUCUCUUUUUUUUGGAAGCUACCCUCCGGAUGUUUACAAUUUGGGCACUUUUACACACAUUAAUUCACGAUUUAUGAAACAUGGUAGAAAAUCCUCAGUGCAAACGCUUAACUGUUUGAUUGUAGUUCGAAAAAGAAAAAUCCAUAAAAUUAGUGCCAAAUUUACCGAUUAAGUAGAAACCGUUUACAAAACAAAAGAAUUCUAGCCUAGAUAGAGAGUAUAUUGAAUGCACACACACAAGGAGGACAAGACUAAUGACCUAGAAUAUGCAAGAAAAAAAAUGGGUAAAAUUCAAUCAGAAAUUUCUAUUUGAGACGUUAACUGUAUAGUUAGGUAUUCAUCUAUCAGGAAAGAGCCCCAGCCCUCUAAGGAAUCGAAAUUCUAAGUUUAGUGCGCCAUAAGAGUUUGAUUGGAUCGAAAAUACACACACAAGAAAAAAACACACUAACCGAUAACCUGGGGCAAAUUUGCGAUAGUGUGAGGUACAUGUUUGCUCAAAAUACCUAUAUUGUAGGAAACCUCGAUUUAAGUGGUGCACAAGUGCAUUGGUUUAGGUUACGUUGAAUUUUAUUUAAAACGAUAUUUUAUUUUUUCAUUGUUUGGAGCGAAAAGAUGGUAGCGAUUAUUUUGAGGGAAUCACUGACAGCAACAAGGAAUAAAAACACGAGUUCUGUUUGUGUAGGGUGUAGUAAAGUAAUCGUUAUGUUUUUCCUACAGUUAUUUUUAAUAGUUUUUAUUAACAUUCUCUCUACUCUAUACAACACAGCUAAGGUUGACUUAUGUACAGAACAAGCUAGGGUGUUAAGUUACUUGUAGGCUAGUUAUUAUUUGAAUUUUCUUCUUUGUAAGAAAUUCCAUAAAAUAAAAAUCCAAAAUGAAUCAAAAA